GCUCGCCCACGCUCCACCGCGAGACCUCCUCCUUCACCACUCCUGUGCCACCGCACGCUGCCACGCCGCAGCGCUGCCUGCCGCUGCGAAUUGCUUCAUAAUCCGCCCCGGGCCCGCUCGAUCGCUGAAGCCUCGCACCCGUUGCCGCCAUCGUGAGCAUGACGGGCCAGUUGCCCCCUCUCCAGCAACCCUCGCCCACGCCCCUCUCGCAGCCCGACAGCAACAAUAGCAUGCCGCUGCCCAGUCUUGCACACCUAUUCUCGUCGCCCCCAUCCACAUUCGACUUCGAAUAUCCACCUGCCACCCAGCCGACCGGCGCUCCGUGUGAUUCCGUGCGGCAAGCUCCUAGCGACCGUCCCGAUUCCAGUUCCACAUCGCUCGCCGCCUUCCACCACCAGCGCGGCGCUUCUGGCGCGCCGUCCAGCUCAGGGCCGUCGUGGACAGCUAUCAACCGUCCAACCGACAAUUCCAGCUUGGCGCCGCCUCUGACCAACGGUGACCGCAUUGGACCGGCGACACAUGAUCUCUACCAGCACGCCUCCUCGCCAUCAAUUGCAUCGCCUUCGGCCAAUAUUGGUAAGGAACAGCAAUCCGGUCGAAAUUCGCCUCCGCAACAUUUGAACAGCGAUCCGCUGCACGCGAAAAGAUCGGCAAGCGACCGGCGCCAAGACUCGGCCGUUUCCGAAUCCGCCGACCAUCCCAGGUCGAUGAUAUCGCAAAAUCCGACCAUUUCUUCAAACGCACAAUUUUCCCCCUUCGCUAGCAGCCCAGAGUCCCUUCCUAAUCCUUCGCCAUCUCGUAGUGCAGCCGGUUAUCCGAAGACUCCCCCGUCGCCUGCGCCUUCACCGGUACUAUUCUCUGGCUUGGGUGCAUCUCGCCCCGCCCCAGCUCGCGCACAUUCGACAGGUCGUAGGCAGUGGCUCUCGCCAUCUUCUUCCGGUCAACAGCGUCACCUCUCUAAGGCGGAGUCCGGCGCUAAUAACCGAUACGGCACAUCCCGGGAACGAGCCUAUUCGGAUUCCAGGACCACAUCCUCAGCCCUUUCGAAUGCGUCGCCGUCAAGCCCCAGGCGAGUAAGAUUUGACGACCAUUCUGCUGCAGGGAUAAUGCCGCCCCCUCGAGUCACUUCACACAGUGCGAAUGCUCAAACAGUUGUCACCGAGCCCGUUCUCCAUUCCUUUACCUCAAUCUCACGUCCGGACGUCGCUGUUCCCAACCUUCGUAUGAACAAUCCGUUUGAGGCAAUGAACCGGGACGUAAGUCAAGCUGCGAGCGGGUCAUCCGCCAUAGCUGCUGCGUCCUCAUAUCCCAUGCCCGACCCUCCAUCGGAUACAACAGGCACAGACACCUCUCCUGAGCAACAUCCCUCUCCUCUACGAUGCUCGUACUGCCAUGAAGUCUGGACAUGCCCACUACCGGAUACUAGCUCGAUGCCAGGUAGACCUUCUGCAACACUCCAGGAAUUCGAAGACGGCAUGGAGAAUAUAAGGAAGAGUCUGGAACACUACCAAGCCCAGCAAGCCUCCAGCUACCAGGAUUGGCUGACACGCCAUCGCGUCAAACCGAGAGACCCUACGAUUAUACCGCCCUGCGUCGCUGCACAGCCGGACGCCAGCAAACGCAAGUCUGAUAUUCCCGCCGACGACGCCGACAUGACGUCGAAAUUCCGCAAGCUGACGUAUGAUUCUCCCUCCCCGAAAGCCCACCUAUCUACGCCGCCACCCGACAUUCCGUCGAUUCCUCCGCCGCAAGCAUCCUCCGGCUCGCACGCAAAGUAUCGGUAUGAGACCAGCGAUGGUUCUUCCAUUCUGGUGAAUGAACAGCUGGCUACCAUCAUGCGCAUGUGUGAAAGGCCUCGAUACAACUCGCCCCCGAACGAUUCUACCAAUAUGUGGUUCGAGCCGGGGCAAAAGGAUAAAAGUAACACUCGAGAAGGAGAGCGGCAUGAAAAGCCGAAAUCGGAAUCUCCACAUGAAGGGUCGGAGGAGCCGGGGGCAGAACAGCAGCCGCCGAGACCGUCAGGAGAAGAGACGAAGCCGCAGCAGCCAAUAUAAUAUUGACAGUUCUACGAGGGUAUCCUUCAAUCCUCCAUUACUCUAAUAGAGAGGCUCUCUUACCCUCAUUUUCCCGUUCCAAAGGAAGCCCUAGCGUUUCGA